UUUCCGUCUUUAUUCGCUUGUCGACGCUCAGAUACGCUCGGAGACGUUAUGGCAAGCGGAUCACUCGAUCGCGAUGUUUCCUAUCCGGAACACUGAAGACUCCUUGUGUCUCAAAGGCACCUAUGUGCGCGUUAUGUGUGCUAUGGGAUGUCAACGCUGCCUGCAAAGCUCCGCCCAAGUCGGAAGAGGUGAAGCCAGACGCUCAGGAUGCGUCGAAACUGUCCAAGGACCCAGCGGCGAAAGCGCCGCAGGGCGAAGAAGCCAAAGGUGUUCCGGAAGCUGCUAAGACAGCCGAGCCCGGUGCUGCUGCUGUGAACAUUGCAAAGAUGGAAGGGGCCCAACCAAGACCUGUCCAAAAUGUCGAAGGAGAUGCUAAAGGGGUCUGCAGCGUUGAAGUGAGCCUUUCGCCAACCCUCGUUGGCACAGAUCAGAAAGAACAGCAAAAGCCAAAAGGACCCAAAUUACAUGAAAUAUCACUGGACGAUAUCGAUCUCGAUACCACGUUUGUCGAUUUCACCCAUUCUCGCAUCGGGAAGGUGUCAAACUUGGAGCCCCUGCGGCGAGUAGAGGUUUUAAUAUUUAGGAACAACCUGCUUAAGAAGAUUGAAAAUGUGCAGAUGUUGGUAACAUUGAAGGAGCUAGAGUUUUACGACAACCAGAUUACAAAGAUUGAGAAUCUUGAUGCUCUGGUUAAUCUUGAAAUCCUGGACAUCUCAUUCAACCGGUUAACGCACAUUGAGAACCUCGACAACCUCGUGAAGCUAAAAAAACUGUUCCUGGUGAACAACAGGAUCACAAAGAUUGAGAACCUCGACAAACUCGUCAACCUCGAAAUGCUUGAGUUGGGUUCCAACCGAAUAAAGGUCAUUGAGAACUUGGACCGGCUGGUAAACUUAAAAAACCUCUUCUUGGGGAAGAACAAGAUCUCCAAGCUUCAAAACCUCGAACCCCUCAAGCAACUGGAACUGCUCAGUAUUCAAAGUAACCGAAUAGUGAAGCUCGAAGGGCUGAGCGAGAACAGGAACCUCUGCCAGUUGUACAUGUCGCACAAUGGCAUUGAGCAAAUUGAAAACCUUGAAAACAAUGUAAAACUGGAAACCUUAGACCUUGCGGCCAACAAGAUCAAGCACCUGACCAACAUUAAACAACUUGUCAACUUAGAAGAAUUCUGGUUUAAUGACAAUUUGAUAGAAAGCUUUGAAGAGGUGGAGGUGCUCAGGAACUUCCCCAAGCUGGCGACAGUCUACUUACACAGCAACCCCAUCGAGAAGGACCCCAUGUACAGGCGCAAGAUCAUGAUGAUAUCCCCAACUGUGACACAAAUCGAUGCCACAAUGUGCCGAAAGUAGCCGACAACUCGCCCGUCUGCAGGACUUGUCACUGCCACAAUCAGUGUGGCACAAGGUUCUUUCGUCCACAAGCGGCUUGCGGUUGAAAACCUAGUUUUGUUGGCUUUUGCAAUAACAGGCGCUGCAGUCAUCAGCCAAAGAGCCGUGGAGCCGAGUUCCGAGGAAGGUGUCAAGAUUGGACGGUGGAGACCUCUUUGUUGUUUUGUUUGUGUGCUAAAUAAAUGCUAGUUGCAAGUGUUCACUUCUCCCAUAGGUCCCAUGAAAAGCAGGUCAACAUGUCUUACUUGUUUUGUACUUACCGAGGGCAAGUGCUCUGCUGUGUAGGUUGUGCAUUGCUACAUGAUACUAUUAAAACCCAUAGACAAGCCGCUAAAAGUGCCAGUGCACAAUAUGAACAAGGUAAGCUGGCAUCAAGGCGUCGUUAACAAUACAUUCGGUUACUGCACGCCUGUUUAUGCUGGCUCUAUUUUUGUAUGAGAAAGCAGCUGCAAGCGAGCUUGUGACAUGAGUGCUCGUCUGUAAUACACCUCUGCUUGCAAUUUUCCGAAUGAAAGAAUUCUCAAGAACCAGAUAUUUUUAGUAAGCUUAAUAAGAAAUAUGCUUACAUGGACCCAGCACGCAGCACAGAAUGAAGUGUUUCUGUUGCACUGAGAAGGCACCCUUUGUUUUAUGAAGCUAAUAGGACCUGAUCGAUGGUUUUUUAUGGCGUGAUUAAGAUCACUAGCCAAGACUCCCGCAUAUUACGACACUCCAGUUUGCUGUGUUAAGUGCACUCUGCUUAUGAGGAGCUGUGUGAAAAUUGAUUUUGGAGAAUACAGUCGUGUGAAUAUGUUGACUUGCACAAGUCUGCCAAAUUUUUAGCUUUCCUGUGCAUAAACCACUAUCUCUCCUCCUUUAUGUGUAUUUAAUGUAAUAUGAAUUCAUGUAAUACAAACUGAUUAUCUUCCCAAAAAUAAAUUUUAUUUUUAUUC